AUGGUAAAAUUCGCAACUAAAUCGCCGUUUGAUAUGCUCCAUAGGACAAAAAGAAAAGCAUUUAAGAAUUACUCGAAUUCAUAUAUUAUUACUACAAAAAAGUUUGACAAAUCGGAUAGUUAUGCUUCAAAGGCUUUAAGGUUACGAGUAAAUCCCAAGGGUGAUGAUUUCGGCAAUAAAAGUAUAAAUAACCUGGAAGUACAAAGAAAUGAAGACUUUUACAAGAGUAAAUUAAAGAUUAAAGAAAGUGAAUAUUGGAGGAAUGUGCUCCAUAGUCAAUGGCUGUUAGCAUUACAAGGAAUUGUAAUAGUGAUCGUAAUUCUCACUAUUUCAUGGAUUGGACAUGAGCAUAAAGAAGAUAUCGUUGAUAACAGUCCUGUGACACUCUGGCGUUCAGUUAUCGAGCGAUUGCAAGAAACCAUCACAGACAUGAGAAUGGAAUUACAACCUUGUUAUAAUACCGAAGUGGAUAAUCAACAAAAGAGAAGAGCGAGCAUUCUAAAGCGGAGACGCAUUUUUAUGAAUGGAUAA